ACACAUUAACACUGCGUUUUUUUUUCAAAAGAGACUUCCAGCAGUGAUGCUGUGAGUCUGUAAACAACGGGAUAAGAGGUUAUGUUGCUUUUCUGCACUGUGCUGCGUCAGCCUCUGCUUCUCCUUCCUGCCGUCUCCCAGGGUUCCUCUGGGCUCAGAGCUUGUCGCUGUCACUCCGGGGGGGAGGCGGAGGUUAUUUAGUGGGUUUGGCUUUUCUCCGCAUAUCAUGCUUCUCUUCACUAUACAUAACAUUGCCUCAACAUAUAGUCACUACAACGUAUCAACUAUGGCGUCCCGUCUGUCUCCGUACCUGUUUGUCUGGUCCUGCAUGUUUGCUUUGCACCGUACAACUUUGUGUCUGAUGGCGUCCAUAAAGUCUUGAUCCUGUAACUCCCAGCACUGACGUCAUUACACUUAGCACAAUGUACUUUAACCACAAUGAAAAUACAAGUCAUUUUUAUAAAGUAACCUGGUGGUGUGGGUGAUGCAUCAUGGAUGGGCUGGCAGUGUGCUAUGCUGUAGUAAGGAAUCCUGUCAAAGACGGAAGCAUCAACUUAAUGCAGCAACUGUGACUGAUUGCUUUUUCCCACCAUCUGAGAAUUGUCAGGGGACCACACAGAACAUCUAUAAACUGAUGUACAGGCUGAGACACUGCUGUAAUGCUAAAUAUUGAUUGCAUUGUGAUUGUAUGCACUGUAAGCUGUGGCUUAUUCAAAACAGUUCAAAACACCUCCCUUGCUAAUUUAAUUACUUUUUAAAUUAACCCACGACUUAAGUACCUGCACAACAGUUUCACAACACUGAAAAUGGGUUUGUACAUUGCAAACCUGUUUUUUUUUUUUAGCACUAUAAUGUUGAACAUGUCACUGUUUGAUGCUUCCUACUGAUUCCUUUGGGUCACACACUGCAACAAAUGACAACCUGGAAAAGGAUUUUAACCAGCAUCCAGACUCAUUAGGCUACCGUCAGGAUAUUUUAGUCAUUAUGUUAUGUUGUGUUAUGUUUUCCCUUGUAAUGUAGCUUGUUUUCGAGGAAACUGCUUGUUUCAGUUUUCUCAUACACAGUUAAAAAGCAAUGUGAAAUCCUGGUUAAAAUGUUUAGGUAACCGACAAACUCCUUUGCCAGAUGUGCCAUUGUUUGCAGUUUUAUUUGUUAAGAUACCUGCGGGGUCCCUCCCAGCCUCCACCCCUCCACAGUCGCCCCUUUACUCACAUUAACCCUGUGUCUGUUUCCCCCUCUCCCUCCUCCUCCUCCUCCUCUUCAACAACCACUCCUCCUCCUCUUCCUCUCCUUGUCUCUCUCCUCCUCUCCCUCCUCCCUCUGCGCGCCCCAUCUGCCUAACUCCAGUUUCAUUGGACAACCAGCACAUGCUGCACUACAUCCGAGAUAAGACAGCAGUCCCAUAUUUUAGCAACUUGGUCUGGUUUAUUGGCAGCCAUGUCAUCGAGCUGGACAAGUGCGUGCAGACAGAUGAAGAACAUAAGAACAGAGGAAAGUUGAGUGACCUUGUAGCGGAGCACCUUGAUCACCUCCACUACCUGAACGAUAUCCUCAUUAUCAACUGUGAAUUCCUUAAUGACGUUUUGACCGACCACCUCCUUAAUCGCCUGUUCCUGCCCCUCUAUGUCUUCUCUUUGGUUAGCCCCGAGAUGUCUGAAGAUCGAAAGAUCAACCCUCAGGUGUCCCUCUACCUGCUGUCUCAAGUGUUCCUGAUCAUCCACUAUCAACCAAUGGUCAACGCCCUGGCUGAGGUCAUUCUCAAUGGAGACCUAUCUGUCUUCACCCCUCAGACAGAUAUACACAGCACUCACAAGAACACGGCCAGUGCAGGAGGUGUGCGUCGGUUCACCAAGCCCCCAGAGUCUCUGGAGCGCUCUCUGGAGCUGUCCCGCCACCGCGGCCGCAAGAGAACUCAGAAGAGGCCAAACUACAAGAACCUGGGCGAGGAGGAGGAUGAUGAAAGGGCUGGGGGAGGAGGAGGAGGAGGAGGAGGAGGAGGAGAGGAGGGAUGGGACGACGACGGCGGCAGAGGAGGAGAGAGGGAGGGAGGCCGAGAGAGGGAGAAGGGAAAAGGUACAGAGGGAGUAGGAGGGAGUUCUAAGGGAAGCAGAGCGAGUGGGGAGACGGCGGAAGAGAUAGAGAUGGUGGUAAUGGAGAAGUGUAAGGUGUCAGAGCUGACGGAGCAGAACAUCACUGAUGAAGAGAAGACUGCUGCAGCCACCCGCACACACACACAGAGGAGCAGACCGUUCUUAGACAUGGUGUACAGUGCUCUCGACUGCACCACCGAUGACUACCACGCCCUGUUUGUCCUCUGCCUGCUUUACGCUGUCUCACACAGCAAAGGUAUAAACCGAGAUCUUCUGGAGCGCCUUCAGUUGCCAGUUCCUGACCAGGAGAGGAGCUCCUACAGCCUGGUGCUGGUCGAGAGACUGAUCAGAGUUAUGAGCCAGGCGGCACAGCCAGAUGGUAAAGUGCGUCUAGCUACACUGGAGCUGAGCUGCCUCUUACUAAAGCAGUCUGUGCUGUCUGGAAACCACUGUAUAAUCAAAGACGUUCAUCUGGCCUGCCUGGAGGGUGCUAGAGAAGAAAGUCUCCAUUUAUUGCGGAGAUUCUACAAGGGCGAGGAGAUCUUUCUGGACAUGUUUGAAGAUGAAUACAGGAGCAUGACGAGUAAACCACUGAAUGUGGAGUAUCUAAUGAUGGACGCCUCAGUACUGCUGCCACCCACCGGUACCCCUCUGACUGGCAUCGACUUUGUCAAGAGACUGCCCUGUGGGGAUGUGGAGAAGACACGCAGAGCGAUCCGUGUGUUCUUCAUGUUGCGGUCCUUAUCGCUUCAGCUUCAGGGAGAGCCCGAGACGCAGCUGCCUCUGACCAGACCUGAAGACCUCAUCAAGACAGACGACGUCUUAGACCUCAAUAACAGCGACCUUAUAGCCUGUAUGGUGGUUAGUAAAGAAGGCGGCCAGGCCCAGAGGUUCCUGGCUGUAGAUGUGUAUCAGAUGAGUCUGGUCGAACCAGAAACUAAACGCCUUGGAUGGGGUGUAGUCAAGUUUGCUGGCCUUCUGCAAGACAUGCAGGUGUCUGGAGUUGAAGAUGACAGCAGAGCACUGAACAUAGUCAUCCAUAAGCCGAGUUCCAACCCGCACGCCAAGCCUCUGCCCAUCCUGCAGGCCAACUUCAUCUUCGCCGACCACAUCCGCUGCAUCAUCGCCAAGCAGAGGCUGGCGAAGGGUCGCAUCCAGGCCCGACGCAUGAAGAUGCAGAGGAUUGCGGCUCUGUUGGACCUGCCUGUGCAGCCCAGCGCAACAGAGGUGCUGGGUUUCGGUCAGACUGCCAACGCUUCACCCAGCGGCCUGCCUUUCCGAUUCUACGAGCAGUCCAGACGGGCGCCCAACGACCCCACAGCAAACAGAUCGGUCUUCGGCUCCGUCGAUAAAGUACCAGGUUUCGCAGUGGCUCACUGUGUGUCGCAGCACAGUCCCUCGCCUCUCUCCUCCCCCUCGCCUCCCUCCAGUGGGAGUGGGAGCACAGGAAGAUGUGACUCUGUUACUGCAAGCACUAUAUCAGCUCAGAGCCCCACAGAUGAUGGUACGUUUUUGGAGCACACCCCGCCCUCUUCCUCAGGCGGAGAAGGGGAAGGUGGAGGUGGACAAGUAAUGCAAGUCUCCUCUACUCCCUCGGCCGCAGUCACAGCUCCCGCCCUGGCCCCGAGCCUCACCCCGGCGUCCCAGCCCACCAUCUCCCUCCUCACCGACAACAACGCGGAUGCCCUCAGCGUGGAGUCACUGACGCUGCUGCCCCCUGCUGGCUCACCGCACCUGCACCCCUGCGCCAGCCACACUCCCGCGACACACUCCCUCCGGAGACCCGACGCCUCCAUCACGGAGGAGGAGGACGAAGAGAAAGAGGAGGACUGGAAAGGUGAGCCAAGAGAAGGGGUGGAACUGCAAGAGGAAGAGGGGUCGCCGACGGAUGCGACAGUAAAAGAGCAAACCAUGACAACGGAGUUGGUCACGCCCACUGACGAGGAGCCGGAGGGAGGUGGAGAGCCAGAAGACACACCUCUAGAGGUGAACAGAGACCAAGAGCUGCAAGAAAGAGACAGCUCGACGGAAUAUGCUGAGCAGACAGAAGAUGCAGAGACACGCACUGAAACACCAGACUCCCCUGAACUGGAUUAAGCAACACACUCUCACACAUUCAUGUUCAUGCACUUAAACUCGUCUCUCCACACACACACACACACACACACACACACACACACACACACACACACACACAAACAGAGGACAGUGAAGUGUGAUAGUGGAACUAUCCAGCUUGGCUGCAGUAUAUUUUCAUGUUGCGAUCUGCAGGUAGUGUGUGAUGUGAAUAGUUUAAGGGGGCUUUUGGAGGCAUCUCAACAUUUGGGUUUGCACAUGAAGAAAGACUCUUUUUGCUCACAGAGAGAGAGCGAGAGAGCAGAGGACGAGUGAGGCACUGGUCGAACUCAAGGGGAGGCUUAAAGCACAUUUGGGUUUUUGUGCACUUGAGUCUGUCCGGUCGUAUUUUUAGCAAGCGUGUGUAAAGGCGCGCAACCAGCAACGUUUUUUACUCAUUCUGAUUGUUUGUCAGCUCAAAGCACACACACACACACACACACCACACACACUGCUGCUGCUGCGAGCUUUUUUUUGUGGUGGUGGUCAGCUAUGCUAGCACAGAUACAAAUGUAUCCAGUACAGACACAGUAGCUGACUCUGUCUGUACUGUACGCUUGUCUUUUUACCACUUGCAUGCCAGACCCAUUAGUGGUUACUGCCACCUAGAACUGCGUGUGUGUGUGUGUGUGUGUGUGUGUGUGUGUGUGUGUGUGUGUGUGUGUGUGUGUGUGUGUGUGUGUGUGUGUGUGUGUGUGUGUGUGUGUGUGUGUGUGUGUGUGUGUGUGUGUGUGUGUGUGUGUGUUUGU